AUGUUGCUAAGGCGAAUUCGCAUUAUUUCCGCCUCUGAUCGUUUCACUCUCAUCGGCUCGAGUCCCGACAAUUUUCCGCGGAAAACUUUUCUCUCCCUCCAGUCCCAGGCCGACUCGCUGUGCCCAUUUUCCCAUCUUCACCAGAAUGCAGAGGGUGGGUGCACAUCGAAAGUUCGGCAUGACAACAUGACCCAAUUGGACAAGUAA